AUGAAUGAGCCAAAGGAAAUCGACUCUCAUCAUCUGGAGCACGUUCAGUUCCACGAGAUGGAAAAAGGACAGGUGGUUAGUCGGGUUCCGGCACAGGACCAGGCCUCCAUUCGUCGGAAGUUUGAUCGACACGUUCUGCCUCUCGUGUGUAUUCUCUACGUUCUCUCGUACCUCGAUAGAGGGAACAUUGGAAACGCCAAAACAGCUGGCCUUGACACCGACCUCGGAUUGAAUGAUAAGCAAUGGGCCUGGGUUCUCUACUCGUUCUACAUUUGCUACAUUAUGUUUGAGUGGACAACCGUGCUAUGGAAGAUCUUUCCAGCUCACAUGUAUGUAGCUGUUCUUUGCAUAUUCUGGGGUGCGGCCGCAAUGUGCAGCGGCGCUGUCAAUAACAUGGCCGAGCUAGUCGUCUGCCGCUGUUUCUUGGGCGUCUUUGAGGCUGUAUUUGGCGCUGGAGCUCCCUACUUCCUGUCGUUAUUUUAUCAGCGCCAGGAGCUCGGCUUCCGUAUGUCGCUUUUAUUGGGAAUGUCACCCGUUGCCAAUUGCAUUGCGGGUGCGCUUGCGUAUGGCAUCACGCAGAUUCGCCAUUCGAUUGAGUCAUGGAGGUACUUAUUCAUUAUCGAAGGAGCCCCGACAGUUUUAUUUGCCGUGAUCAUUUUCUUCUUCCUCCCAGACUCCCCUGGCACCGCGAAAUUCCUCACAGAAAAUGAACAAACGCAAGCAGUCGAGCGCCUCCAGACCGUCGAUAAUACAGGAAAGUCUCGCAUGGACUGGCAUCAAGUGUUGAAUGGCCUGAAAGAUUACAAAAACUACGUGCACAUGCUAAUACAUUUCUGCUGCAACUAUUCCUUCGCAGGCCUAUCCAAUUUCCUGCCCACGAUCAUCCAGGAGAUGGGAUACACAUCAAUCAACGCGCAAGGACUUUCCGCUCCACCUUACUUUGUUUCUUUCCUGCUAUGUAUCACGGCGGCCGUGAUUUCUGAUAAGUGGGGAAGAAGAGGACUGGUUAUCGCGAUCAGUGCCACGGUCGGCACGAUCGGAUAUCUGAUUCUCGCUGCGGUGCAAGAUGAAAAGAAGUCGGGGGUUAGGUAUCUCGGUGUGUGGUUGGCCACAUGUGGGGUGUUCCCAGCGCUUGUUAUUAAUGUCACCUGGCUGGCGAAUAAUCAGGGAGGUGAUUCCAAGAAAGGUGCCGGCCUGGCUAUUCUGCUUAUUUUCGGACAAUGUUCGAGCUUCGUGAGCAGUUCUGCCUUUCCAGAUUCUGAGGGGCCGUUUUACGUCCGCGGAUGUGCGAUUGGAUGUGCAUUGACUGGUUUUAUUGCCGUCAUGGCGCUUGGUCUUUUUGCGAAGUUGGAUCAUGAGAAUAAACGCCGAGACCGGGUCUAUGGAACAGUGGAUGAGCAUGUUCGUGUGGAUGUUACUCGUGAUGGCGACAACAACCCUCAGUUCCGUUACCUUACUUGA